AUGUCUGCCCGGACGACCACGCAUCCGGGACAGGAAGCAUGGACCAUUCGCUUGCCCAAAGUAGCCAAGACGAUGCACGUCGACUCCCAAAACGCCUUUGGGCAUGGCAGGGCUGCGGCGUCGGCCCUUGGUAUCAGCAGCGAUGCCGAAACCGUCCAGGGUGCUCCGGUCUCCAAGCCACCGGCGCGGUCCUUGUGUCUAACACAGCUUCGCAGACCAACGAACACAAGCCAACAUGAGACUCUCCGUCGCUGCCAUCUUCCUCGCGUUACCGGCAUCAUUGCUGCGCCGGCCCCCGUUGCCGAGCCCGAGGCCGUUGCUGAGCCUGCUCCCGGAGGCUACGGCCACUAUGGCGGCUAUGGCAAAUACCCCACUCCCAAGGGAGGAUACAGCACCUACGGCAAAUACCCCACUCCCAAGGGAGGUUACGGAAAGUACGGAGGCUACGGCAAAUACAAGAAGGAUCUCAGCGAGGCUCAGGAUGCCGAGGAAUAG